AUGUACGGCUGCACACCUGGAGAUCCUGGGUUCGAGUCUCGGGUCGGACCAAGUUUAGUUAUUGAGUAUUUCUGUAUACCCGGAGUUGGGAAGUUGGCGGUGUUUCACCCCCGUGACUCGGAGAGCACGAAAAGCCGUCGGUCCUGCGCCUUAACUCUCACUGGUCGUGUCGAGUGGUCGUCCCACCAGAGUAUGAGAGUGACAGAAAUAGAGAGUGCACUUGUGUCUGCGCGUACACUUCCAAAGUCUGCAGUUCAAACAACGCAAGUUAAAGCGGUGGCACCUCCACCGGCCGGACCGACAACCAAAGACUCUGCUAGAUUGAUUGAUGAAAUCGCCAAACAGGGUGAACUAGUUCGCUCGCUUAAAGCUUCUAAAGCUGAGAACGUCGUGAUUGACGACGCAGUCAAAGUCUUAUUGAAUCUUAAGGGCGAAUAUAAGGCGGUGACGGGACAGGAGUGGAAACCUGGUGUAGUACCAACUAUAAAAGCGAAGCUAGCAUAUGGUCACUCCCAGCUAGAUGAUGAUAUUGCAAAACAAGGUGAAAUAGUUCGGGCUCUUAAGACGUCCAAGGCUGAGAAGGCCAAGAUUGACGAAGCCGUUAAGUUAUUAUUAGAAUUGAAGUCCACAUAUAAGAUUGUCACUGGUCAAGAUUGGAAACCAAGUGCAGCGCCAUCUUCUGCUACUUCCGGUAAUCUUUUGUUAGACCAAGCCAUCACUAAUCAAGGGGAUUUGGUCCGCUCUCUCAAAGCCAGUAAAGCCGACAAAGCCAAGAUUGAUGAAGCAGUCAAAACGUUAUUAGAAUUGAAGCGCAAAUAUAAAAUUGUAACUGGAACGGAAUGGAAGCCUGAAGCGUCACCAGCUCCCAAGGCCCCACAAACUGGUAAUUCGUCGUUCAAUGAGGAGAUCACGAAACAAGGUGACUUGGUCAGAUCUCUCAAAGCUGCCAAAGCAGAGAAAUCUAAGAUAGACGAAGCUGUCAAGGUCCUACUGAAUUUAAAAGCCAAGUAUAAGAUUGUAACUGGAAAAGAUUGGCAACCGAAUGCCCAACCAGCGGCGACGAGCGACGACUCAAAGAUAGCGGAACUGCUGAAUCAAAUCGCAGCACAAGGAGAUAAAGUGAGGCAGAUUAAAGCCGCUAAAGCUGAAAAAGGAGUAAUUGAUGUUGAGGUGAAAAACUUGUUGAACCUAAAAGCGCAGUACAAAUCUAUUGUAGGAAGCGAUUGGACUCCAAAAACAGUUGCUCCCGUCCACGCUCCGGUAAUAACUGAGCAGAUAACUCCCGCAAUGAGUGGAGCUGGGGAUGCGAUAGCGGCCCAAGUGGCCAAGCAGGGCGAGCUCGUGAGGGACCUAAAAGCUAAGAAGGCAGACAAGGCUACAGUGGAUGCAGAAGUAAAGAAACUUCUAGAAUUAAAGGCUAAAUAUCAAGCAGAGACGGGGACUGCGUAUGUAGCGCCGUCGCAACCACGGGAGAGCAAGCCUAAGGAGAAAAAGGAGAAACCUAAGGAAACCAAAAAAGAGAGCAAACCUAACAAACCGAAAGAACAGUCACCAAAGCCAGCCAAGGAGGAGUCCUCCUCGGGGGUGAAGAAAGUAACGCGAUUGGGACUCGAGGCGUGUAAAGAGACUGACUUGCCAGAGUGGUAUUCACAAGUCAUCACUAAAUCGGAGAUGAUCGACUACUACGACAUAUCGGGCUGCUACAUCCUGCGGCCGUGGUCGUACAGCAUCUGGGACCUCAUCAGGAACUUCCUGACCGCUGAAUUCAGGAAAUUGGGAGUCAGAGAUGGUUACUUCCCCAUAUUUGUGUCGAAGGCGGCGUUAGAACGCGAGAAGGCUCACAUAGCGGACUUCGCGCCGGAGGUCGCGUGGGUGACGCACUCGGGCACCUCCGAGCUGGCCGAGCACAUCGCCGUGCGCCCCACCUCCGAGACCGUCAUGUACCCCGCGUACGCGCGCUGGAUACAGAGCCACCGCGACCUGCCGUACAAACUCAACCAGUGGAACAAUGUUGUGAGAUGGGAGUUCAAGCAGCCUCAACCUUUCCUUCGCACUCGCGAGUUCCUGUGGCAGGAGGGACACACCGCCUUCCGCACGCAAGAGGAGGCUGCAGAAGAAGUGCUUCAGAUACUGGAUCUGUACGCGCGCGUGUACGAAGAAAUGCUGGCAGUGCCGGUGAUUAAAGGGCGCAAGACGGAAAAAGAGAAGUUCGCGGGCGGCGACUACACCACCACCGUGGAGGCGUACAUCCCCGCCAGUGGCAGGGGGAUACAGGGCGCGACAAGUCAUCACCUCGGGCAGAACUUUUCGAAGAUGUUCGAGAUAGUGUACGAUGAUCCCGACACGCAGGAGAAGAAGUACGUCUUCCAGAACUCUUGGGGUCUUACUACUAGAACGAUAGGCGUAAUGGUGCUAGUACACGGCGACAACCGCGGGUUGGUGUUGCCGCCGCGUAUAGCCGACGUGCAAGCCAUCGUAGUGCCGUGCGGCAUCACGGCGUCCAGCAGUGCGGCGGAGCGGCGUGCCUUGAUGGACGAGUGCAGGCGUGUUGUGGACGAGCUGGUCGCUGCUGGUAUCCGGGCUGAGGGGGAUUAUCGGGAUAACUACUCGCCCGGAUGGAAGUUUAACCAUUGGGAGCUUAAGGGAGUACCAAUCCGCGUAGAACUUGGACCCAAAGACAUGGCAAAGGGCGAGCUGGUUGCGGUAAGACGUCUCAAUGGAGAGAAAAUCACCCUUAAAAGAGAAGAUGCUCCAACGCAACUGCUGGCAUUGCUCGAGAAGACGCAUGAUGAGAUGUUGGCUAAGGCAACUAAAGACAGAGACGAGCGGCUAUCUUCAGUAACCAAGUGGAAUGAGUUCACCGAAGCAUUGGAGAGACGACACAUUCUCCUAGCACCAUUCUGCGGUGAAACCCCAUGCGAAGACAAUAUAAAGAAUGAUAGUGCAAGAACUGAAGAUGAUCCAACAGCCGAUGUCAAAGGGCCAGCGAUGGGGGCAAAGUCCCUUUGCAUACCAUUCGAGCCUCCUCGUCAACUUACUGCUGACGACAAGUGCAUUCACCCUGCUUGCACCAACAAGCCUAAAUUCAUUACGUUAUUUGGCCGAAGCUAU